GAGUGUGGCUCACGGUGGAAGCUCUUUCUGUCUCGCUUGCCCUCUGUACGCCUUCGGCCGCCGCAACCUGGUUCUUUGGACGAAUAUACGCUCUACUUUGACUUUCCGAUUCGAGAGCUCUCUAUUGACAGACGCGUCAAUGUCAUUGUGCUCCUAGAAAUGCACAAUAACGCAUCUCCCCGUCUGCAUUUCUAUGAGCUUAACAAUGCCGAGUAUUCGGGAAGCCUUAACGGCGCUGUGAAGCUAAGGCCGCAUCAUUCACUAGGAUGUGCUUGGUCGUCAUCCGGCGACAUUACGCUGCGCGUUUUCGGGGCUGUUGUUGGCGUGUGCUGCUUCAAAGCCGGGCAUACUUUCAAGUCGCCAAUUGUGUUCUACGAUUGGCAGAUGAGUCGGACUGUUUAUCCCCACUAUUACCAUGAACGUAAGGUCGACACCCUUCCUUCUAAGCCCAUGUCCUUCCAGUUUUUAUCUGUCGAUGUUGCGGCUAUCUUGGACAAGUUGGAAGUCGGUAACAGGAGUGAUUACGUGUGGCAUCCAUAUCUAUUCGUCGUAACUCUCAAAGCAUAUGACGAGGUACAAUGGAGUGGAGAAGCGUUACCUCGCUAUGACUGCUACCAUCUCGAGGCGGAGCUGCUAAACAUCCGGGAAUUUCUGCUAGAGUACAGGAACAGCAAAAACGAUUACAAGUCGAUUGUCGAAAAAGCGACAUUCGUCCCUAAUGUCGCUCUUCCGGUCGGUACAGUCGACCAAGGCGUCGAUUUCAGGGAAUAUAUGGCACCUGCGUUUUAUUCUCAUCCAGUCACCAGAGGUCGUUAUCAUGUCAAAUCCCCUAAAGGUACUGCAUGGAAUGGGGACUUCUAUGCCGAUCCCCAUCGACAGCCCAUUGGUAUAAAAUUCUCGUUCUACAAAUGGGCUAACCAACCAGACGUUGUGUUCGUCAUAACUCGGAACGACCAUGUCGGAGGCUCUAGCUUGCCUUUCUUUCCGCUCAGAGAUCAGAAAUGCAGGCAAGCGAAGGAGGGGAUUGCUCACGUCAUGAAUGGGUCCAAGCUGCUUUCCGUGCACGCGUCUCGGGACGGAUUUACCCUCCAAGAUUUCACAGAGGAUUGUACAAAGGUGAUGCAACGUGAAUCUCGUCAAUGUCACGAUGUCAAUUACAUCUGGCAUGUGGAAACCAAGCCUGUGCAGGGUAUCGUUGAAACCACGGUGAAUCUUCGCGGCGACGUUGAGGCGGUGACGAUGGAGCAGGAUAAUCUUGUUGUUAUCAAGCCUAAGGUUAAUACGUCCGAAGAACUUGCCUUUCACGACCCCCAAGUGGAAUACGUGGCAUGUGUCUAUGAAUUCCUAUGAUGGAUGCUGGUUGGAUGACUGCUUCUCGAUG